CCAGGGUUUCUGUGUACGAGCGGCCGGCGCGGAGACGCGCACUUCAAUUCCAGCAGAUUGCCAGACAUGGCGGCGGAUCCGAACCCGGAGUGGCUGUCUUGCCUCCCGUCUUCGUGGAGUUACGGGGUUAAACGGGACGGACGCGUCUUCUUCAUCAAUGAAGAAGCGAAGAGUACUACCUGGUUGCAUCCAGUGAGUGGCGAGGCCGUGAUCACCGGACACAGGAAAACGGCAGAUCUACCGACGGGAUGGGAGGAGGGCUUCACGUUUGAAGGAGCCCGCUGCUUCAUCAAUCACAAUGAGCGGAAAGUGACCUGCAAACAUCCAGUGACCGGCUCGCCCUCGCAAGACAACUGCAUCUUUGUCGUCAACGAACACCUGACUUGCAGGACAGUCAUUCGGCCGGUAAUAAGCAGGCAACUCCAGAAGGCUCCGUCGGAGGAGAGGAAGGAACCCGCACAGAGGACCAUGAGCGAAGCAUCCAAUUACACUGGGGGGUCGGACCACACUGCCAGCUCCACUGUGACGUCCAGCGGCUCUGCGGCCAGGCCUUCAAGAUCCUCAAAAAAAGUCCACAACUUUGGAAAGAGGUCAAACUCCAUUAAGAGGAACCCCAACGCCCCAGUUCUCAAACGUGGCUGGCUGUACAAACAGGACAGCACUGGGAUGAAGCUUUGGAAGAAGCGCUGGUUCGUGCUGUCCGACUUGUGCCUGUUUUAUUACCGAGAUGAUAAGGAGGAGGGCAUCUUGGGCAGCAUCCUCCUCCCCAGCUUCCUCAUCUCUCUGCUGUCGGUGGACGACCACAUAAACAGGAAAUACGCCUUCAAGGCGACGCAUCCGAACAUGCGCACGUACUACUUCUGCACGGACGCAGCCAAAGACACAGAGUCCUGGAUGAAGGUGAUGACGGACGCGGCGCUGGUGCAGACCGAGCCUGUCAGAAGGUUGGAGAAGAUGCAGGUGGACCAGAGGACCACGCAGAACAACAUGUUGAACCACCGCAUCCUGACAUCUCCUGAGGCGCAGAACAACGAGCGGAACCGCGAGGCGGCGCGGCGUGAGGAGCCGGGCAGGCGGGACGGCGGGAGGUACAGCCUCCCCAAGGGCGCCGUGGAGACGCCUCUCGUCAAGAUCAACAGCGUCAAGCUGCAGGCCGCGCAGCCCACUGCGGUCCAGGAGGUCACUGCAGCCCCCUCCACUCCCAAAACACCCCCGGCCGUCCCUGGCCCCCCGCUGACAAACGGGCCCAGGGAGCGGGCCCUGGAGGGGCCCAUGGAGGAGACAGACAGCGGCCUGGCCCCGCCCCCCGCCGGCCCCGGUCCUGCCCCGCCCCCCGCCGGCCCCGGUCCUGCCCCGCCCCCCGGCCCCGAGCAACCCUUACAGAGGAGCGGUUCUAAGCAGCAGCUGGAGCAGUGGGUGCGGACCCAGAGGAGGCAGGACGAGGAGACUCGCAGCAUCCUGUCGUACCAGACGCUCCCGCGGAACAUGCCCAGCCACCGGACGCCAGUGGUGGCCCGCUACCCCGAGGGCUACCGUACGCUGCCCCGCAACGUGGCGCGGCCGGACAGCGUCUGCAGCGUGUCGCCGUCGCUGUACGAGCGCCCCCCGGUGGCGGAGAAGCGGCGCUCGCUGCGUGACGACACCAUGUGGCAGCUGUACGAGUGGCAGCAGCGGCAAGCGUACAGCCGGCAGGGCCCGUACGGCACGCUGCCCUCCCCUCACACCAUGGUGAACCUGUCGGAACACGCCGGCAUCUCCAUCCCACCGUCGCCAUCGCACGGCUCGCUGGCGCCCCCUCGGUCCUACUCGCCGCUGCGCUCCUACACUGUGGGCUCCCGCUCCGAGGUCACCUCCCCAGUCUUCCGGGGGGAGAUGUCUUUGGACCGCCGUCGCAGGCCACACUACAACAAGUGCGGUUACCCUCCUGACCGGAGGUCUGUGCCCGUCGGGAUGCCCAUGCAGACCAUAAGUCCACAGUCCCUGCAAGGCAAGUCGCCCGAGGAGCUGACCCUUCUACUCAUCAAACUGCGCCGGCAGCAGGCGGAGCUGAACAGCCUGCGGGAACACACACUGGCACAGCUGGUGCAGCUCGACCUCGACGGCGCCACCCCAAAGAACGAGAUUCUAUCCCAUCACCUGCAAAGGAGCCUUGCGUAUCUGGACAGCCAGAUGAAAGAAAAUGAGCCUUUAAUCACCAUGAUUCACACUAUGAUCGAGAACUCGGCGCCAAGACCACAACUGUACCAGCAAACGCCCACUGAAGGCUACAGAGAAAACCGCUACAGCUACAGGUCGGAGGACGACAUUGAUGUAAAGCUGAGUCGACUGUGUGAGCAGGACAAGGUGGUGCGGAUGCAUGCGGAGAAGCUGCAGCAGCUGUGCCGAGAGAAGCACACGCUGGAGACGGCGCUGCUGUCCGCCAGUCAGGAGAUGGAGAUGAACGGGGAGGAUGUGGCGGCCAUGAUGGGCGUGGCUCAGCAGCGGGAGGUGCUGCAGAGCGGGCUGCUCAGCACGUGCAGGGAGCUGAGCCGCGUCGGCACGGAGCUGGAUCGUUCCUGGAGGUACUACGACAGGCUGGAGUCAGAGGUCGCCCUAGCCAAGAGCAGCCUGCUGGAGCAGCUGGAAGCCGUGCAAACCCCUCAGACUGAGCCUCCCAGCCAGCAGUACGUGCAGAUCCAGAAGGAGCUCUGGAGGGUACAAGAUGUAAUGGAAGCUCUGAGCAAGAACAAACCUCAAAGAAGCACCGACAGCACAGAUGCCCCAAACCCCAGGCCACUGUCCAGCGAGCUCAAGGGCGACGUAAGUGAAGUGUGACAGCUUGCAUAGCCCACAGAGGAGUUUCACUUUGACAAACACGCCAUUAAACUUCCUCAACUAGGACAAAAGAUAUGGACACAUCUUCCUCUAGACCGGGUUGGGAAACACUGCUCUGGAACAUUCCGCUCCCCACUGCCUCCCCUCUCACACUGCCCCCCCGGACCUCGUUAAGGCUUCUGCAGUUACGGGCCGAUCGUCAGCCGAC